CACUAUCUGUGGCGUGUUAUUCAAUUCACCCUACCUACAGAGAUAUCGGCAGAGGGGUAGCAGUGUAGCUGAAACCUAGAGGCGUGUUUCAAAUGAGGGGUAGUUUCACUUGUAGGGAUGAACCACCAAGUACUCACUUCAGACAGUUCGUAGGCCUUGCCACGUCUGUGAGGGCGAGGGCGCGAAGGGCGCUCAACCCCUCUACCCUUAAAAAAAACCUUGUGGUAGAAAUCAAAAUAUCCUGGCUAAUUAUUUUGACAACCAUCCAAUCACGGAUUUCUCAAAAUUGCUAUUGGUUUGUCAGUCUUUUUGGACCGACACUAUUUAAAUGUAUGCGCUCCCCUUGCGGUAGUGCAUUGGAGGGUGAUCUUAUCCACUUAAACAUUUAAACCAUUUCUUGUCUCUUAUUAUUGAACCGUGGGAACCAAGUGAUUAUCUUUGGGGGAAGUUGGUAGGGAGAGAGUAGGGUGAGAUAAGUGCAUGUUGGAAAGUUGUUUUAACUUUGUGUGUUGGUGGUUUCUAUUUCAUUUGAAAUAUUAUGAAUGUUUGGGAAAUGGGAUAUGUUUGUAGAAAUUAUUGGAAUGUUUGGGUUGUGUUUGUGUUUUUGUUUUUUGUAAAACUUCUAAUAAUGUUAACUAGUUACAGAAGCCUCAAUUGGGGGUUUUUGUAGCAGUGUUUCUUGCCUGUAUGUACAGUUUUUGUGUUAAUUAUGAAAGUUAAUACCAGCAUCGUGUUUCCGUAAGGAACAUACUAUAUUACUCAUACUCUUAUUCACAAAUUGGUCCUUGUGGGCUGUGGCAUUCUGUCUGAAUUCCUCGCCACCCUCUCCCCUAAAGUUUGGCUGGGUGCCACUUGUGAUCCUUUGCGUGGUGUGUUUGUGACUCACAGGGAUUCCUCUCAUUCCCCGCUGUGACAGUAUCCCCGCGGCCGAGCUCGUGAGCGUGUGUCCGUAGCUCUCUCUGCAGAUUUUCAAAAGUCUACUUAAAGCUUUGUGCUUGAGUGGUGCCUUGCCAUUUGUGCUAACAUCUUCAUGCAUACACAUAUAUCUGUGUGCUGAAUUGAUUACUGUCAAGAGUUUUGUGACAGAUUUGUUGUCUUUAAAUUCAGUAAUGAUAAUCUGGACAUUUUGUCCAUUUACAAAUUCACCUUUAUAUUUCUGUAAAUAUGGGUUUCCUGAGAGAAAAGUUGAAAAGUAAACUGAAUUUCAGCAAAAGACGUCAUAGUUUCUGUGUGAAAAAUACUUCUACAGCACUACCGGUCGAUGAGGAGAGCACAUUAGGACUAGCUGGAUUAGUCUUAUUCCCACGAAGACAACUUCCUCCUUCACUUCCCCCUGCCCCAUCUAACUUAACUCCUCAACAGCUGAAGAGAAGAUAUAUUGUAGCAGCAAUAGUGCAUAGCGAGAAUUCAUAUGUAGCAACACUGCAGCGACUUGUGAAUGAUUAUAAAAAGCCACUUGAAGAUAGUCAACCCCCAAUUCUAUCUGCUUCAAAAAUCCAAACACUCUUCCAUCGUCUGCCAGAAAUACUUCAAUGUCAUACCCUCUUUAGGAUAGCACUAGCAGAAAGUGUGAGGGCAUGGGAUCGUGAUGAGAGACUAGGAGAUGUUUUUGUUGCUAGUUUUAGCAAAGCAAUUGUAUUAGAUAUUUAUUCUGGUUUCAUCAAUAAUUUUUCUGUUGCUAUGGAAUUAGCAAAGCAAGAAUCAAAACGGAAAUCAGCAUUAGCAGAUUUUUUCAAGGUGAAGCAAAUCAGCUCCCAUGAUAGGUUGUCCUUCUUUGGAUUGAUGGUUAAGCCUGUUCAACGAUUUCCUCAGUUCAUUUUGUUUUUACAAGAUCUCCUGAAACAUACACCUCAAGGUCACCAUGAUAGGAUGUCUCUUCAACUUGCUCUGACCCAGUUAGAGUCCCUAGCUGAAAUGCUCAAUGAAAGAAAAAGAGAGGCUGAACAGUUCCAAGCAUUUCGAGAAAUGUUGCGACUUGUUUCUGGCAAAUUCAGUGCUAGGCCACUUGCUGCCAGUGAUGGAAGUCGGUGUCUUCUGAGGGAAGAUAAUGUCCAACAACUGGAAUUUAAUGCCCAAGGUUUAAUAUCCAAGACAAAAUCAAGGCGAUUGCUGCUACUAAAUGAUUUAUUAGUUUGUGUGGCUGUUAGUCCCAGCCAAAGACUGUCACUGAAAUGGAGUUGUCCAGUUGCUGAUAUUGAGGUUGUUGAUAAUAGCACAUCUCCAACUCUUUCAAGACUUCUUACUGCUGGGCAAAAUAAGGGUGGAAGCCUGAAGUCAAGUGGAAGUGGAGACUCUUCUGCCAUUCACGGUCCUCACAAUAUUGAGAAAGGAGCUGAUGGCCUCUGUGCGGAGAUGGGUGACCUAAUGCAUGACUUUGAAGUUGUCAGUAGAAUACAGGAUUUAGUGGCACAGCUGCGUGGAAAUUAUUCAGAGUUGAAUACUGAAACAACCAAAAGCCUCCUUUCCAGUAUUCAAGCUCAAAUUCAGCAGAGAGAUGAAGAGAUGGCAUGGCUUGAUUCAUGUUGUUUGCAGCUUAAGAGGAGGGAUGAUACUCUUACUUUCCAAAUGGAAUCGCCUUCUUCAAAACAAGAUUGGAUCACUGAACUUCGAUUAGCUCAGCUGGCUCUGGAUGCUAAUAAUUCACCAGCGUGGGAGGUUCCUGAACAGGAGCGUAGACCAUCAACAAAAAUGCCCUUGUUUGUCCGAGCGCGGCCUGUUGUUAAAACUCACCACCAUUCUGAGGUGAGAUGUGGCUGCUAUUACACUGUGUCUGCCAGCAAGGCAUCACUUCGUCAAGCAUCCCGCAAAGGCAGAGCUCGUAGUUCAAGUUAUUUAUGGGUCUGCACCAGCGAUGGCGUUAGUUCCCAUAUUGCUGUCAUGACCGUCGGCACUGGUCGUGAAGUUGGUCUGCGUGAUGCAGGUCUAAGAGAUGCAGGCAGUCUCAGCCUUGCUGAGACUUCUGUUAGUGCCAUGGAAUUUGUACGUGGUGAUGGCAGCAGCAGUGACACUAGUCCUGACAGUGUUUGGAUAGGAACCGAGAGUAAAAAGCUUUUGGUGUAUGCUGCUGUUGAUCCGGAGACUCCACAAGAACUUGGCAGUGUAACACUGACAGCUGGUGUCACUCAUAUACGUGCUCAUUGUGACUCAGUAUUUGUAGCAUUAAAUAAUGGAUCACUGCUAGUUGUAAGAAGAAAAGCUAGUUCAGCAGAAAGCAGUGUUGCGGGUUGGGCACUACAUGAUGUUGUAACUGUAACCUUAGGAACUGACCCUGUGGCAUAUCUCUUGCCCAUAAAUUUGUGCUUAUAUGCAGCGUGUGGCAACAAAGUUUUUGUUUUGAGUGCUUUAACAGGAGAGGUUCAGAAACACUUUAGUGUUGCACAUGGGGGAGGCAGUGUCCAUCUCCUGGCACAUUCUGGAAUAGGCCUAUGGAUUUCACUUCUUGGAUCAAGCACAAUCUGCUUAUAUCAUACUGAAACAUUUAAGCAUUUACAGGACAUAAAUAUUGCUUCAAAUGUUGUAAGGGUGACAACAGGUGCCGGUUGCACCGGCUGUGUUGGUUGUGUGGGAUGCUCUAGCUGCCCUCAAGGAGACUGUGCUAAUAACAACAGAACCCAAAGCAACAGUACUAGUUCCUCAGCAGGUGUCAGUGUAACUGCUCUCCUAGCUGGUAGAGGACUUCUUUGGGUUGGAACUAAUGUUGGAAUUGCAUUGACAAUCCCCUUACCAAGAUUAGAGGGAGUUCCAAUUAUAAGUGGACGAGUCAAUAUAUCUUACCAUGCCCACUUUGGUCCUAUCACUUUUCUGCUAGCUCUCCAGCCUCGACCUGGAAGGGCCUCAAGACUGCAUGCUCAACCAGAUGAUAGUCAAGCACAAGAAGAACAACCAAUUGAACCUCAGAAGGACACUGAGGAAGCAUCCACUGAAGUAAACGAUUCUGAGGAGAGAAAAAGACGAGAUGCUGCUCGUCUUCGCCACCAGCUAACUAGCAACAGCAGUCCUGUGGUUUUAAGACGUCGGCACUCAAAACAACCACCCUCUGACAUCGUGAGCAGGCGUGCUUCAAAGACUCUUCCCAGGGGAUUAGGCAUGUUCUCAACUUCCACUACCUCAUCUCAAGGUUCAGGAGAAGCUUGCGAUGUUUAUGGACUCUAUGGUGAAUUAAUGUAUGUGAAGGACUAUGAUGGCGAGGAAACUGUCACUGAUCCUGCAUAUGAGUCACUGAGGCGCAGUGACCCAGAGUUGGCAGCCAUUCCAGGGAAAGUUAGCACACUUGAUCGCCAGCUGAGGCUUAAGGCAAGCCGGCCACGAUCAUUGGACUUGUCUAAUUGGUCUGUUGAUUCUCGCACCUCCUCUCUGUAUACAUCUUCAGGCUCUGAGGAUAGCCGUCCAGUAUCCAGACAAAACAGUAUGGCUAGUGAUAGCCAGUCACACGCUACCAACCAGACUCUUGCUCGUAACCAGCAAUCAAAUGACUCAGAUCAGCCAACUGCUUCACAGCAAGCUUCAAAUAAAACUAAAUCUAAGCCAAAAGAACGUGCUGUGGAAGGACCCCGUAGGACUGUUAUCACUCUGAUGGGUGGAAGGGGUUAUGUUAAUUGGAGACAAUCUUGCUGUCCUACAAGUAAUGAUAGACGGCGAAAUUCCAGUGCUGUAAGCAACGGCAAUGGUAAUGCAAACAGUAAGGAACCAAAUAGUAGUGAUGCCCAUCUUGUUGUAUGGGAAAUGAAACUAUAGGAAAUUUUUAGAAGGCAGUAGCAACACAGUUUUAAUCAAAUACACAAUGUACCUUAAUCUUUUAAGAAAGCAUGUUUAUUUUUAACAAGAUUUUACCAUGCGUGUGCCGAACAAUUAGAUGGUCUCUGUGUAAUUUAUUUAUCUGUCUUGUGUUUGUUAUUGCCAUCUUAUAUCAAUCUAUGAACGGAUUAAAUUUUGGUUUAUAAAAUGCUAGUCACAUAAAAUAGAUGUAUGUGCCCAGUGCUCACAUUUGGCACCAAUUCAGAUAUCAGUCAACAUACAAAAAUUAUUUGACCUCUGUUGUAGCAUGUCUUUAUUUGAUGUGUACACCAGUAUUUUUAAAUCAUGUCUCUCUACAUUAGCUCCCGUUUUAAUGUAUAGGUAUAGAGUAAAUUUGAUAAAAAUCGAUAUUCAGAAUUCUUUACUUAAUCAAACUUUCUUUACUUUUUGUCAAAGUAAGAUAUGAUGACGGAAAUUAAUUUCUUUUAAAUUAACUGUGAUAGUAUCACAAUUUGGGUAACUAAAAUUCAAAAUGCAGCAGGUACACUACAAAAAUUUGCCAUUAGUACAACACUGCACAUCAAAAGAGUUUCUAACUACCUAUUAAGCAUGUGAUAAUUUUUAUGAUAUUGAGUGAACUUACUUGUGCUCUUGCAAAACUUUUGGUGUACUUAUUUCCCAAACUUUUUAUUAGUAUACAGCACAUUUGCACCAAUCUCAUUGGUGUAUUUCCAGUGUUAUUGUUUUCUUAGUGAAUAAUCAGUGUACAUAUUUCAUGUAGAUUUUGCAUAUUGCAGCUCAGUAUUGGCAGCAUUUGACCCUAGUCGUUAUAUGUAUAAAUGUGUAUG